UUUUCAAUCUUACAUUGAACAAACAGUGAAGUGACCGGGAGCAGACACUGGCAGGGGUAAGUAUCUGCCGGUCGGAGCAGGGCGUGCAGGGCCGGCCUGGCUUCGGCCCGCCGGGAGCUCGAGCCCCUCGUCGAAGAGUUUCCCCCUGGUUCGCCCUCCUUAUUGUCGUUCCAAGAUUGCGGGGGAUACUGUUCCUGAGCAUUUUCACUUUUAAGGCCAGCUCAUCUCUCGGAGGUCCGCGACUCCGUGCUUGUAGUGUGCACUGCAGCUGGGGAUCCGAGGAAUUGCAGACCCGCGUGCGCGUGUAUGGAGCUCUGGGCGGGGGCUGCGCCCGGAGUCGCGCCCCCCGCCCGCCGCCCGAGCCAUGCGGCCCCCUCGGCGCGCCCAGCCGCGGCCACCGGGCCUCCGGGGCUGAGCCGGGAGCGGCGGGAGCAGGAGGCGCUGGCUGCAGAGCGGGAACGGGAGCCGCGGCGGCGGCGGGCAGCGCGGAGGACCCAGUACUAUGGCUGUGUAUUGCUAUGCGCUCAAUAGCCUGGUGAUCAUGAAUAGCGCCAACGAGGGCAAGAGCGGAGGAGGCCCCCGGCCCAGCGGCAGCCAGACGCCUCCACCACCGGGGAGGGCCGCACUGAGCCCCGGCAGUGUUUUCAGCCCGGGAAGAGGCACCUCUUUCCUCUUCCCUCCUGCCGAGCCGUUGUCACCCGAGGAGUCCCGGAGCCCAGGGGGCUGGCGGAGCAGCCCGCGCCGGCUGAGCAGUAGCAGCGGUAGCGGCAGUAGCCCCGGGGGCAGCCCGGGUUGGUCGGGCCGCCUGCGAGGGGACGGGCAGCAGCAGGUGGUGGCCGCCAGCACCCUGUCGCUGCCACCGGAGCCAGAAGAGACCAAGAGGAAGCUGCGGAUCCUGCAGCGCGAGCUGCAGAAUGUGCAGGUGAAUCAGAAAGUGGACUUGUUCGAGGCGCACAUCCAGCAGGCGCAGAGCUCCACCAUUCCAGCGCCCCGCAGCCCACGCCUGGGUAGGGCUCGCUCGCCCUCCCCGUGCCCCUUCCGCAGCAGCAGCCAGCCCCCCGCGAGGGUCCUGGCUCAGAGCGCCCCCGGUGAAGAAAGGAGGACCAAGUCCUGGGGGGAACAAUGUCCUGAGACUUCAAAAGCCGACUCCUCGUCCAGGAGUCCAAAGCUCAGCCGUUGCUUUUUGAGGGACAAGGAAGGAGUGGCACCACUUCCUGACUGGGUCUCCCCGGCAGGACCAGGAGCCCUGGGCCCAGCCACUUCAAUGGGAAUGGAGAAGGGAGACCCUGCCAGGGCCCUGUGUGGCUCGCCUACAGCCACGGAGCGCUCUUCUGGAAGUGUGAGAGGCCAGGCCUCCUCCCCGGAGCUGGGCAGCAGGAGCUUGCUGGUGGCCACCAAAGUGGCAGUGACCACAUCCAUGGGGACACAAAGCCCGCACCCUCCUCCUCUCCUGACUGAGGGGCCAGAAAGGGCUGACAAGCAGAGAGGCGCAGACUCCCUAGUGCAGCCGCAGGAACAGUUUCUGAGUGGUGGGACAAACGCAGCCCUGCAGAUGGCCAGGCCUGGCAGUGGAGAAGCUCCUGGAAAAGCAGAGACGGAAACUGUGUCCUGUGGCAUGCCGGGCACCAGGGUGCCUGAAGUGGAUGAAAGGCCACGGGGGACAACUGUGAACACACCAAGGCUUCCAGCAGUCCUGGGCUUGUUGGGUCCCAGGGAGGCUCCAAGUGGGGGUCCAGUGAUCAGAGGCCUGCAGCAGUGCACUGACCUAGGGCAGGAGGGGACUCGUCAGCGGGGCUUGAUGGGAGGCAGCCUCCCCACACAGUCUAUGCCCGCCAAGGUGGAGGCGGGAAAUUCUGCUGGCAGAAUGCUGGAGCCUUUGGCCUGUUGGGAGGUGGCGAAAGAUCUGAAGGAACUUGAGUACCUUGCUGGGGACCAGGUGAGGGUGCAGCCUGGGAACUCCAAUGCUUGGCUGGGCACCAUGGAGGAUGCCAGGGGGACCUGGACGUGUGACUCCCUGGGGACAUCGCAGGGGAGCUGGGGAAGCCCACCACGGGACUCAGAUGGGCAGCUGAGGCUGGAGCUGCUGUCCCCGGAUGGGAAGGACAGACCUCCUGCCAGAGAGGCCUGUAGCCCCAGCAAUAUCCCCGCAGUCAUCAUUACAGACUUGGGUGCCCAGGAGGACGGGGGUUUGGAGGAGCCCCAAGGAAGCCCUCAUGGCCACCUGCCCAUGAGAAAACUGUCCUCUUCCUCGGCCUCCUCCACGGGCUUCUCCUCUUCCUACGAUGACUCGGAGGAGGACAUCUCCAGCGACCCCGAACGUACCCUGGAUCCCAACGCCGCCUUCCUGCAUACCCUGGACCAGCAGAAACCCAGAGUGAGCAAAUCAUGGAGGAAAAUAAAGAACAUGGUGCACUGGUCUCCCUUCGUCAUGUCUUUCAAGAAGAAAUACCCCUGGAUCCAGCUGGCAGGACACGCAGGGAGCUUCAAGGCAGCCGCCAAUGGCAGGAUCCUGAAGAAGCACUGUGAGUCGGAGCAGCGCUGCCUGGACCGACUGAUGGCCGACGUGCUGCGGCCCUACGUGCCUGCCUACCAUGGGGACGUGGUCAAGGACGGGGAGCGCUACAACCAGAUGGACGACCUGCUGGCCGACUUCGACUCCCCUUGUGUGAUGGAUUGCAAGAUGGGCAUCAGGACCUACCUGGAGGAGGAGCUAAUCAAGGCCCGGAAAAAGCCCAGCCUGCGGAAGGACAUGUACCAGAAGAUGAUUGAGGUGGACCCCGAGGCCCCAACUGAGGAGGAGAAGGCACAGCGCGCUGUGACCAAGCCGCGGUACAUGCAGUGGAGGGAGACCAUCAGUUCCACGGCCACCCUGGGCUUCAGGAUCGAGGGCAUCAAGAAAGAAGAUGGCUCCGUCAACCGGGACUUCAAGAAGACCAAAACCAGGGAGCAAGUGACCGAGGCCUUCCGGGAAUUUACCAAGGGCAACCAGAACAUCCUGAUCGCCUACCGGGACCGACUGAAGGCCAUUCGAGCCACCUUAGAAGUUUCUCCCUUCUUCAAGUGCCAUGAGGUCAUCGGCAGCUCCCUCCUCUUCAUCCACGACAAGAAGGAGCAGGCGAAGGUGUGGAUGAUCGACUUUGGGAAAACUACACCCCUGCCAGAGGGCCAGACCCUGCAACACGACGUGCCCUGGCAGGAGGGGAACCGGGAGGACGGCUACCUGUCCGGGCUCAACAACCUCAUCGACAUCCUCACCGAGAUGUCCCCAGACGACCAGCUGCCCUGAGGCCGGCCGCACCGCUACCCAUACCAGCGCCCUCGCCUCCCACUCUGCUUCCCUUCUGCUCCUCCUCAGUUCUUCCUUCCAUCCUGCUCAGGCUCGAGCCCCAGAACUGACCCUCCCAAGCCGACCUAGGAGGCAGUGGACCCACAGGCUUUCCGGUUCCACUCCUGACUCCAAGGCUUGGGGCCACACGGCCAUGUCAUUUCUGCAGAAUCACCUGCAGCAAAACAAAUGCCCAGACCCAGGUUUGGCUUCCCCUAGAGCUCAGCUGGGCUGAGAGCAGGCCCCGAGGAAGGAGAGAGAGUGGGGACCCCUGGCUGCUGCUGGAACCCUAACAGCUGCCCAGGCUGCUGGGAGGGAUGAAGAGCGUACUCUAGAGGGGCUGCCUGAAGCGUACUGCUGCCCCCUGCUGGCCAUGAUUGCUAGCGCUUCUGCGAAGCACAGCUUGUUCCACAAUGCCGCUUAUGCGGGGCCCAGCAUCAAGUCUGUGUUGAUGGGGUCUGGCCAUCCUGAUAGUCCCGGCACAAAACCACUAGGGGAAAUGCAUAACUGACUGAGCAAAGUCUCCUAGGAUCAGCAGCCCCAGGGACUCCCCAAGGUGCCGUGGGAGCCUUCGUAGGGCUACUUCAGCGAGGGCCUCCCAUCCAUCUGGUGCUGAAUCCCUCUAAAUGUGGGUGUGAGCCAAGAGCCAGAGGCUGAAGCCAGCCCGCCAGUAUUGCCUGAGCUAGGCCCUCCCAGAGGCGUUAGACAAGAGCGGAGCUCUUCCACCUGGAGCUGAUGGCCGCCUAGCCCUCUGAGUACUGGGGGAGAAGGGUGUGGAUCAGGGCAUGGGCAGCACCCACCCUGCCUGUAGAGUUUCCUGGUCCUGCUCCCAUCCCUGCAAGGACACUCUGCUAGGGCCCCCUCACCUCCCUGGUGCUGGUUGGGGCCCUGUCGCAGGGCCAGCAGCAAGCAGAAGUGGGACUUAUGACAUCCUUCUUUUAGUUUUUCUGAAAUAAGUCCCCAGCCUGCAGAGCCCCAACCCCUUUUCCCCCAAGGAUGUACGCAGCCUCCCGGGCACAAGAUCCUUCCUAAGUCUUGCUUGAAUUGUUAAAUCUGUACCAUCCUGCAGCAUGCGGGAUUUGCUCAGAGUGAGGCUGCAGCCAGCUGGCCCAAGCCUCUCGGGGUACCCAUCCCAGCCCCACCCCAGGGCCCCUGGGUCAGCUAUCAACCUGCCCACAUGACACACAGGUUUCCCCUUUGAGUGACAGUUGGUGGGUGGAGGGAGGGACUCACACGGGAUGUAUAAGUGCAGAUCUUAUAAAAGGAAAUCAAACUUCCUGGCUCUCACUCCUGUGUGGGCCGGUUGGCUAAAGGUCACACAUUCUGCCCGGCCAAGCGAGAGCUCCUGGGGCGGCAUGUGAUCGGUGGCGGAGACAGAUGGGGCGUCAGGAGCACAAGCCGGGUAUAGGGUGGGGGUGUAGCCACCUGCUUGUUAGAAAGGGUCCUAGUGGUCUGGACUCCAGCCCAGUCCACAGGAGAGGGAUGUGAGGAUUCUGCAGCCACAGACUGGCCCAAAGUCACCUUCAUCCUUUGUGAAGUAUGCUAAAGCCAACUGAUUGUGUGAUUAUCAUUGCCCAGUGAAUGAUAAGAACCAACAUUCCAGGAGACCAGCAUAGCCUCUUUGCGGGAACACAGCUUCUCCAAGCACUUUCCACCGGCACCAGCAACUGGCAAGCUAUGUGCUAGUAGGCUAAUGAUAGUUUGUCAAAGCCAGUACACAAAGCCCUAGAGU